GAAAUGAAUACACGAUAAAGAGUACAAUGGCGUGCCGUCUGGUCCCGUUGCAAGGGCAUUACGAAGGCACGUCGCUUCUUUCAUUCUUACCGUCAUGGCCAGUAAGCAGCUCGGGAAAUUGAGGCAGUGGGCUGGCGAGAAGAUAUCCUCGCGAGACAAGACCAUCGUCGCAGAUGAGUUCAAAGACAUCGAGCAGGACAUCGAGCUUCGAAAAGAAGGGAUCCUAAGGCUGCAGGCAGCUUCAGAAGAUUACCAUCAUGUGCUUUCCAAGAAGAAGGAAUCGACCGUAGCACAAGAGAUGGAUAAACUUAUGCCGCUCGAUACAUUGGGAAUUGUAAUGAUCUCCCAUGGGGACGAGUUUGGAGAUGAUUCUGCUUUCGGGACGUCACUGGUCAAGUUGGGCAGAGCCCAUUGCAAAGUUGCUACCCUGCAGGAGGCGUACGGUUUGACGUUUCAAGAUACCUUUAUCACCUCCUGCCAGAACUUCCUUCAAGACAUUAAGGAUUAUGAACACCAGCGCAAGAAGCUGGAGAGCAGGAGGUUGAGCUAUGACGCAGCUAUCACUAAGCUGGAGAAGAUCAAAAGCAACAAGAAGGAAAAAGAAAAAGAGAGGCGGGAAGCAGAGGAUGAGCUCCAACGAAGCCGUCUGCGCUACGAAGAAACCUCUGAAGAUGUGCGCUCCAGAAUGCAGGCCAUUCAAGAAAACGAGAUACAGCAACUUCGAGAGUUGACGUCGUUUUUGGAUCUCGAGCUCAAUUUCGCCAAGCAUUACUACGAAGUGUUGCAGGAUGUGAAAGCAAACUGGUGUGACGAGUCCACUCUGGCGAAGUUUGAGACUCAACGCAAGAGCGUUCAGCCUCAUGUCUUUUCACGCGCCAAUGAAGAUCCUAAAUUUCGUUCUGUGCGCUCCAAGCGGUCCACAAUUUCCAAUGCAUCUGGUGUAGUAGCUUCAUCCAAUGGUUCUGACGAGGAUCAUCCGCCCCCUAUGCCCACGCGCCGGAAGUCGGACGCAGGGAAUAAGAUUAUCUCACGACCAUCGUCUCAGGCGUCUCGUAAACGUUCCGACAGCAAUGCCACACGGAAACGUGCCGACAGUGAUGUCACAGCUGAUGCCCCAGAGACCCCCAAGGGAGACAAGUCGGGCAAGAGGAUGAACGUUACUGGUUGGGCGUCGAGCGCUAUGAGCUCGGUGACGGGAAGAGGGAAGAAAGAUAGAGAUAACUUUGCAACCCUUACCAACGAAGACGACCCUGAGGCAGAUAGCGUCGACUCUCCUCGUCCUCCAAGCUCUCGGUCCUUUUCUCGUAAAUCACCUAGCUCGAAGGUGAAAGAACUGUUAAAUGGGUCACCCAAAAUGCCGAUUCAGAUCAUGAAGCCACCUUCCCAACACGAACCAAAGCUUGUCCGGGCGUUACAUGACUUCACGGGUUCAUCGGAUGAACUCACCUUUAAGGCCGGUGACGAAAUCACUGUGAUUCAUGAAGUCCUGGAUGACUGGUGGCUCGGCGCUCUACCAGACGGUCGCAAGGGAUUGUUCCCCACUACAUAUACAGAAACCAUUUCACAGUCGUCACUAUCUUAUCAAGGCUCGGUGCAGUCAUCUGAAGACGAACUGCAUCGUGCUGCCGCAAGCGAGGAUAGCGAGGACGAUGUCGGGAACCUUCUCGGAGGUCGUGCCAGGGACACAAGCCAUCUAUCAUCUGGAUAUGGCUUUGAUACGGAGAGUAUUGCCAGUACCGUGCCUGAAGAUGAGGAAGAGUCGAGAUUAGUGCCGGCGAAAGUUAUCGAAGAAGAUUUUUUCUAUAUGCCGCGUGGCGCAUCUCCACAACUGCUUGCACCUUCCAUCUCGAACGGCCGAACGGCCUCUGAUAUCAGCUUUGCAAUCAAGCGCGCUCCUCCCCUCCCUCCGCCACGUCGAUCAUCGACUAACACGGCUGCUCCCCCGCUACCUCGCCGGAAUUCUCUCAAGCCCCAAUCACAAUCUAAUAGUCCCUGUACUCCGGCAUCUGCAUAUCUGACGCCAGCGUCUUCGGCCAGCAGCAUGCAAGGACCAAAUGUCUCGCCCUUUGACAGCCUGUUGGAUGUAUCUUCCACCUAAAGCCGGUACCCAGUGACCCAGUCGUUGUUUCCGAUUCUGUGUGGGGGCCUUGUAUGAUCUCAUUUCUCCAUGCUCCAUUUCGUAGAUCAGCAACAAUCUGUUGCUUCACUAAAUAUGCGCUGGUUGGCUGUGUUGCUGUGACUGAUCUGUCUACAGCAGGCGGAUUCCGAGUUCCACUGGGGGCUCCUCUGGGCCAAAUUCGACUGUUAUCUUCUCGUUGCGUGCAUUUUUCGAUACAAGCUUUCGGAUAUCUUGCAUCGGUGUUAACCACAAACGUAUUAUCAUUGGGUAUGAAGAAUUCAUGUUGGUUGGGAAUCGGGACGUCGCUACACUGUGAUCUUUGGGUAAUCUAAGCACUAAUAUACGCCGUGCUUUUAUGAUCA